AUGGGACACGGGCUUGACAUUUUCAAUUUGAGUGCUGUCAUGACGGCUUGCACCAAAGGCCGGAACUGGCAAGCCGCAUGUGGUUUGUUGGCCAACAUGCCAGUGACCAGGAUUGUUCCGACCCGCGCGAUAUUCCACGGCACAAUGACUGCUUGUAAGGGUGGCAGUAACUGGCGCGCGGCAGCACACUUGUUGGAAGACAUGGUUGCAAAAGGCAUGGUUCCCAACAAGAUAAGUUUUAAUGCCAUCGGCCAUGCGUGUCUUCAAGGCAAACAUUGGAACAUGGCUUUAAGCUUUUUGUGCUUCUCACCCGGCACAAGCGUGGAUGCCAUAGCUCGAAACACGUGCAUCAGCGCUUGUGGCAUGGGGAAGCAAUGGUGGCUAGCUUUGCAUGUAUUCCAUGCCUACAAUGGUGACUGUGAUGCAACAGGUGUGAGCGCAACCAUAAGCGCGUGUGAAGGCCCCGGCCACUGGCAGUUGGCAAUGCAAACGUUGACGUGCAUGCCCGAUAAGAAAGGGUUACCAAACAAGGUCUGCGUGAGUGCUGCCAUAAGUGCGCUUGCGGGAGGUUUGCAAUGGCAGAAAGCUUGUUUGUUGUUUUGCAAGAUGUUGGAAAGUAAAGUCCAGCCGGACACCAUCUGCUUCAAUGCGGCCAUUAGCGCGUGCGAAAAGAGUGGGCAAUGGGAGAUGGCUUUAUGUUUAUUGUCGAGCAUGCUCGUUGAAGAGUUGGAACCGAAUGAAAUCACCAUCAGUGCGCUUAUCAGUGCUUGUGAAAAAGGUGAGCAGUGGUGUGUGGCGCUGAGCUUAUUGUCAGGCAUUCCGGAAAAUAUCUGGCCAAACCAGAUCAUGUUUAAUGCCGGCAUCAGUGCUUGCGAGAAAAGCGGACAAUGGGAGAUGGCCUUGGAGUUGUUCGCUGACAUGUCAGCUCUGCGAAUUCGGCACAGUACCAUCACUUGCAAUGCCAUUGUCAGUUCGUGUGAGAAGGGCGAUCAGUGGCAGAAGGCCCUGCUUGUAUUGUGGCAGAUGCUUGUAGCGCACAUGAAGCCAGACGUGAUUAGCUUUAGUGCUGGAAUCAGUGCAUGUGAGAAGAGUUGGCAGUGGCAGAUGGCGUUGCAGCUGUUUUCAGACCAGGCAACAGGUAGCUCCGCACCAAACGAUUUUAGUUUCAGUGCUGCCAUUAGUGCAUGUGAAAAGGUUGGACAGUGGCAAAAGGCUUUGUAUCUGUUACCCAGCAUGUCAUGUUGCCGUGUUACCCCAAACGAGAUCACAUUCAAUUCGAGCAUUAGUGCAUGCGAGAAGGGUGAGCAGUGGCAGGCGGCACUCGAUGUAUUAGUACAAAUGCCGGACUUCAAAGUUGAGGCCGAUCUGAUCAGCUUCAAAUCGACCGUCGAAGCAUGUAAAACGCAGAGGAUGUGGCAUGUGAGCCUGGGUUUGUUGCUCGACAUGGCCUUUGCACGGGUGUCUUGUGAUGUCGUCAGCUUGAAUGCUGGCAUUAGUGCAUGUGAGUUGAGCAGUGGCAGUUGGCCAUUUGGAAUUCGUGGAAGGAUGGUUCACAGCAGUGAAAAGUUUAAAGCUGGCUGA